ACGAGGCUGGAUAGCUCAGGGAAGGCAGGCAUCCUGCUUUUCUUUGCUUGUUGGGAAGAUUCCUGUUUUUGGGACAAGUCAAAUCACUUACUCUUUGAACUUCCGUGGAUUGACAGCGCUCGCCUCUUUUAGAGACAAGGAAUUCUGGAGUCUAAAGUGGGGCACGGCUCAUCCAGAAUGAUAACUUCCUUGAUGUGGUUCUCCCUCCCAUGCCUGGUGCAAGCCUUUGAGAGGCCUGAGAGAUGGACCAACAACGGAAGUUUGGAUGGAGACUUUGGGAUCCCCAAUGUGUCUAGUUUUUUCCCCUGGGGCAACUACUCAUUUUCAGAUUGGCAGAACUUCGUAGGCAGAAAGAGAUAUGGGGCAGAAUCUCAGAAGCCUAUGGUGAAAGCUCUGCUCAUUGUGGCGUACUCCUUCAUCAUUGUCUUCUCUCUCUUUGGAAAUGUCCUGGUCUGUCAUGUUGUCAUCAAGAACCAGCGAAUGCAAUCAGCCACCAGCUUGUUCAUUGUCAACCUGGCAGUAGCUGACAUAAUGAUAACCUUGCUUAAUACUCCCUUCACUUUGGUCCGCUUUGUGAACAGCACGUGGAUAUUUGGGAAGGGCAUGUGCCACAUAAGUCGAUUUGCCCAGUAUUGCUCCCUCCACGUCUCAGCCCUGACUCUGACAGCAAUUGCUGUGGAUAGACACCAGGUUAUCAUGCAUCCUUUGAAACCCCGAAUCUCCCCUACAAAAGGGCUCAUCUCUAUUGCAAUCAUCUGGAUCAUGGCUACCUGCUUUUCUCUCCCACAUGCUAUCUACCAAAAACUGUUUACCUUCAAAUACAGCGAAGAUGUUGUCCGCAGCCUGUGCCUCCCAGACUUCCCAGACCCAGCAGACCUCUUCUGGAAGUACCUGGACCUGGCCACCUUUGUUUUGCUUUACAUUUCACCUCUUCUCAUCAUCUCUGUGGCCUAUACCCGCGUGGCCAAGAAGCUGUGGCUGCGCAAUGCCAUUGGCGAUGUGACCACAGAGCAGUACUAUGCCCUACGGCGCAAAAAGAAGAAGACCAUCAAGAUGCUGAUGCUGGUUGUGGUGCUCUUUGCCGUCUGCUGGUUCCCCUUGAACUGCUAUGUGCUCCUCCUCUCCAGCAAGACCAUCCGGAGCAAUAAUGCCCUUUACUUUGCCUUCCAUUGGUUCGCCAUGAGCAGCACCUGUUAUAACCCCUUCAUCUACUGCUGGCUCAAUGAGAAUUUCAGGUCUGAGCUGAAGGCUUUGCUGAGCAUAUGCAAAAAGGCACCCAGACCUCGAGAACAUAUACUUCCUUCUACUGUGCCCUCUUACCGGGUGGCUUGGCCAGAAAGUGGCAACUGCAAGAGGGUACAGGGUUCUCACAACCUCCCAACUGCCUCCAAUGUUCAUUCAGCUAAGACAGAUAUCUCCUCUGUAGAGCCUAUUGUGGCAGUGAGUUAAAUGAGGCCAAUGCAAUGAUGAAAUAGGAGUCCCCGGGGGUGCAUGAGAAGACUAAGAAGAGAUGCAGAAAGCUACGCUGACCCUUUGCCUCAGACCCCCCAAUGUGGAUAAAAAUAGGGGCCAAUUUAGGUAGGUACUUCCUGGAGAGUGUUAGCUAAGCACCAAGUCCCAUCUCAUCUAAAUAUAUAUUUGUAUGUACCAUCUCCUGUACACAUUUCCAGUGGCUCUCCAACCAAACCCGAUUUGGUGUUUGAACUUUCAGGCCAUCUGGCAAGUACAUGAACAGUAUCUAUGAGAUGGAUGCUUGUGUGGGAAGACUGGCUACUUGGAACCUUGGAGGGAAAUCCUGGAUUGACUGAGCAGGACAGAUGUCUUUGUGUAGCCAUGUCAGUGAGUCUAAGCAGACAACAUUAAUAGUUUUUAUUUAUUCACUAACAACUUUGGUGGAGUGAGUGGUGCCUAGUUGCAUCUGUUGCAAAGAGAAGGGAAGGAAGAUAAAGGAUGUCCUUACUUAAUUCUCACCUAAAUUGUGGGGGAAGAAGAUAGGAGAGAACAUAUCCAGAAGUGAUUGCUCUGUUCCCUUCUCCCAGGGGCCUUUUCUAUCAGGGUAGAUGAAAAGAGGAGGAAGAGCAGACCCAGGUGAAGAGAUUUGCACUGUGUGGUGGUUACCAGCAUCAUCUCAUAGCAACCGAGAUGGAGAAGUCUCUAACCAACUCAAAUGUCUUUCUCUUCAGUCAGUGGAAAAGAGUAAUGAGUGUGAGUAAUAAGACACAAAUAGGAGGAAAAACAUCUUCUUUCUAGCAGCCUCAUAGGAAGGAAAAGGGGUUGAGAAAUGUUCUACUUUCAAAGGAGAAAAAGGAAUACAGUUUCUGAGAAACUACAAAGAGAAAAAUUCCAUUAUCUCCUUAACUGUCUAGCCAGAUUAUUGCUGCUUGGCCUUUAUCUAGCAUUUUUAUCCAGUGCUAUGGUAAAAUUGUUACUUCAGCGGAUUUUUGAAUGAGCUCACACAGCAGUGCCAGUCAAGGAUUGCAGUGUCUCACGUGCCACUUAAAAAUAUGUGUGCUCUCACCAACCUUCUCAAGGACCCAGUUUUCAGAAGCAUCUUGGUUUAGCAUGUUCAGGACAUACCAUUUAGCCUAGAGAGGCUCACAGUGUCAUUGAGAAAAGUGAAGUGUUGAUUGGGAUUAUGUUGUGUGCAACCAGUUUGUUGUGGGGGAUUAAUCCACAUAAACUGUGGCUACUAUCAGAUUGAUUUCUUGCCCUACAGUGGAGUUAAAAGCGUAAUGGGACGGGGCCAGAAAAGCAGUCUCUGGUUGAAUAGUCCUUUUUGUUAGUGAAACUGAACCAGCUCAAAGGAUAAAACAGGGAUGGGGAACUGUGGCCUUCUAGGUCCUAGGCCUUUUGACGGAGUCCAAGUUUUACAGAACAAAUCAGACUUCCAAAGAGUAGGAAGAAGUGAUUUCUAUGGCGCUUGACAGAAGACAGAACCUUCUAAGUCAAGGAGGCCAAAACAACCUGAGGUAUUCCAGCUUUGAGACUGUCAUUGGUUGGGUUGCUGCAUCUGGUGUUCGAUGUGACAGUUUUCUUUGUGCUGCAGGGGGGAGUUCUCCAAAAUGUGGAGCAGAGGAGAGACUGAAAAUCUAGGUGCUCAUAAGUCAUGUCCUCCUACAGUAGGUGUUUCCUGAACUCUCCAGCUGUUAACUGCUCUCUCCUUCGCCUCAAAUUACUUUGCAUUUAUUUUGUGUAUUCUUUGUGUUUACUUAACUCUGUAUAUGACUCACCCUCUGCCAUUCAUAGGAUUCUUGAAGGUGGUAGCCACACCAAAAUGAUAGUUAUGUUCUCUAAGGCUAGCAAAAUCCCACCCCUCACUCUUGAAAUCCCGACAAUGAAGAAUCCCCAGCUGCCUAAUUGAAAACUAUGCCCUUCCUUGCCACCACUCCCUAUUCACUUAUUACCAUCCACCUCUUCCCUAUGCCUUACACAUACAAUCCAGUUCUAGCUUGCCCUUCCAUUUUGCGCUUUGGAGUCCCACUUCUAUCACUAACAAACUUCCCUUCAUUUUCAACCUCUUCCUCCAGUGAUCCCUCCAAACCCUGACAUUCAUAGAAAUCUGGUUCCCUACAAAAGCAUCCCUGCUCAUCUUUUUCAGUAAUGAUGAUAUCUUCUCUUGUCCCCCCAGGCACCUUGGUCCUGGAGGGGAAGUUGCUAUACAUCUUGCUCUAUUCCUAACCGUUUUCCGAUCCCCUACCCCCCAGUGGCUGGUGUGUCUCUGCUGAAAUUACCUUGUACUUGUUUUGUGAAUUUUGAAUAUAUUUAUCUGCAAACACGCUGUCUCCUCUGAUAAAGUGGAAGCUCCUGCCCUGGAGGGCAGGGUUUAGUUCAUUUUGUCUUUGUAUCCCUAGGAUCUAGUACAAUGCCUGACGUAUGGUAGGUACUACAUACAUGUUUGCAGAUUGAUCGAUCGAUGUUGCCCCUGCCCCCCAAGAAGAACACAAGCUUCUUGAGGGCAGGAACAGUUUCAUUGUUGUUAUUGUAUGCUUAGCACUUAGUUCAGUGCCUGGGACAAAGAAGGUACAUAAUAAAUACUUGUUCUAUUAGAUUGAAUUUGCCCUAUUGUGGAUCUUGAUUCCUGCCCCCUCCUUUUCUUUUAAGUGUGAGGGUACCUGUGGUAGCAUAGUAACAGCAUGGAAAAGAAAAAGACUUCUACAUGUUGGUGAAAGGACAUACCAUUUAGCCUAGAAAGGCUCACAGUGCCAUUGAGAAAAGUGAGGUGUUGAUUGAAAUUAUGUUGUGUGCGACCAGUUUGUUGUGGGGGAUUACACGCAUGUUGGCACAUGUGUAUAGAUGAGUCUUUGCAGAGAAACCUUGCUCCUGGAAAAGGAGCCUGAAUUCUCUGUGGGUCCCCAUUUUGGCCAAGCAAAAGCUACCCAUUUAAUGUCUGUAAAUGUGAUCUCAGCAGAAAUUGAGUUUCCCACAGAAGUGCUACAUGACUAUUGUAAAAUGUAAUUUAAACUCAGUCACUUGAAUCACAAUAAAA